AUGUGGUAUUUUGGAAUAUUUACAGCUUUAUUAUCAUCAAUAUUAGGUGGAUUAGGUGAUAAUUUGAUAAGGUUAAGUUUCAUUCUAGAAGAGGAGUUAUGUCCUAAAAAAAAAAGACCAAUUGUUUUAAGACCAAUUUGGUUAUUAGGAGUUUUUUUUUCAUGUAUAUUGAAUGCAAUAUUAAUAAUAAUAAGUCUGAAUUUUGCAUCUGCUAUGAUAGUAACUCCAUUUUCUGGUUUACAUAUAUUUUGGAGUAUUAUAUUUAGUAAAUAUAUGUUAAAUGAAGAAAUUAAAUCAAGACAUUAUAAAGGUACUGGUUUGGUAAUUGCUGGAUUAUUAAUUAUAAUACUUUUUGGUAUUAAAGAUGUACCGGUUUAUAGUGUAGAAGAGCUCAGUAUUUUAUAUACUAAACCAAAGUUUAUUUUAUACUGUCUUUCAAACAUUUCAUUUAUUUUAGUUUGUACAUAUUUAUCAUUUUUUGGAUUGGAUGGGAAUGAAGAAAUUAAGUACAAAAAUGAGUUAGGUUUAAGCAAUACUAAUAAUUGUGGUAAUAUUAAAAAUGAUAAUCGUAAUUUUUUUAAUAAUACUGAGAAAGAUAAUAAUAGCAAUAAUGUUAAUAGAAAAUCCAGUCAAGAUAUUAUUAUUUUAAAUAAAAAUACCUUGCAUUUAAAAAUUUCUAAUAUAAAGGAUUAUCUGACUAAAAAUAAAUAUUUUAAGUAUGAUAAAAGUAUCCCAGAUAUGGAUAAUUCUGAUAAUAACAUAAUUGAAACAUUGAAUAUUCCAAGUAAUCAUAUUGUGAAUGAAACAUGUAUGAAUAGUAAUUCUAACAUUAAAUAUGGAUUUGGGAGAGAAGACAAUACUACAGAAGAUUUUAAGGAAGGGUUAUAUAAUAAAAUGGUUAAUUAUAUAAAUAUAAUAGAAAAAAGGUUUGAAGUAAUUAAUUCAAUAUUUUUUGAAUUAACAAAGAAAUUUCCAAGAAUUGAAAUUUCUACAGCAAUAAAAAGAUUUUGUAUUUGUUCUGUAUCAGGACUUGUUGGAGGAUAUACAAACGUUUUAGUACAGAAUUUAAUCCAAAUUAUACUAAUUGAUGGAAUAUAUGUUCUUUUUCAUAGAUUAACUUAUCAACUUUUAUUUAUAAUAUUUAUUACAGGAUCAAUACAAUGGGCAUUUUGGAAUACUGCAUUAUCCAAAUUUCAAGCUAUUUUUGUGGUUCCAAUAGUUAAUUCAGUAUUAAUAGCAUCUAGUGGAUUUUGUAAUUUAAUGCUUUAUUAUGAUAAACAAUAUAUAUCAAAUUCUAUAUUGGGACUCUUUUUCCAAAUCAACUUUUUAUUUGGACAAUUUCUUAUUGUAUUGGGAAUUUAUAUUAUAAGCAGAGCAAAUAGAAAUGUAACAAAUGAAAAUAAUGAAUUAAAUAAUGUAAAUGAAUCGGCUAAUUCAUUUAAUGAAGAUGAUAUUUUUGACUUCACUGAAACUUCUCAAAAACCUGAUCCCAAUAAUAACAAACUCUCUUUAUAUUUACAAUCCAAAUUUUCUUAUUUUUCAGAAAUUACUCAUUUCUUCAAAGUUAAAAAAGAAAAAAUAAACUCUUCAUUAGAAAGUCUUCUUGGAUUAUCUAGAAACCAAAAUUUAUCCAAUAAUUACUCAAAUCCUUCGCUUCCAAACACUAAAUAUCUAAACAAUAUUAGUCAAUUUCAUAUUGACAAUACUAUCAUUCUUCCUCAAGAAGAAUAUAAUGAUAAUCAACUUGCAUGCAUUCAUGUGGAUAAUAAUCAGGCGGCAAUAACUAAUACCGGUAUUGAAGAAGAAAAAUGCCAUAUUGAUAUGGAAGAUAAUUACACGUCAUUUAAUGACAGUAUUUUGAAUAAUCAGUUAAUUGAAGGAAAUCGUCAAGAAGAUAUGGAUUUUGUCAGCCAGCAGAUACUUGUAUCAGCUAAUACUGAAUAUUCAUCGAGUAUUUUAAAUCAACUGGAAGAUGUGACAGGUAAUGAAUAUCACAAAAGGUGCGGAAUUGAGUUAGAAUCAUAUGUUUUGGAUGAGUAUGAUAUUGAUGAUUUUGAGAUACCUUUUUCAAACCAGGAUUAUACAUCAAAAGGAGCAUUAAUGGUACAACAAACAACCCAAUAUCAAGAUUAUGUUAAUGAACAAAUGAAUAAUCACUCAAUUUUGAGUUUUGGCGAUGAUAUAUUGGAGGAAAAUAAUACAAAAAACUAUUAUCAAGGUGAUUUAAUGAAUACUGGAGAAAUUGAAUACACUGAAGAUUUUAAUAAUAAUAAUAAUUAUUAUAAUGAUGUAAAUAGUAACAAUAUUAAUAACAAUUCCGAUUUUACUUAUAAUUUAAAUAAUGAAAAUCAUUCUGUAGCUCAUGAUUCAAAAUUUGAUUGUAAUCCAAGUCUUUCAACAUGUUCAACUAAUUCUACAAUGUUGAAUUCCAUUAUUACUAAUGUUUUAUGA